ACUGCAAAUGUAGGAGGGAAAUCAAAGAAGUCAAAGUCUACUGCAAAUGUAGGAGGUUCUGUGCAAACUAAUGAUGUGCCACAACAUGAAGCUGUAAGUGAGAAUCAAGCUGAAGAUGUGCCUCAUAGCAAUGAGAAUCAAGCUAAUGAUGUGCAAGCUAAUGAUGUGCCACAACAUGAAGCUGUAAGUGAGAAUCAAGCUGAAGAUAUGCAAGCUGAAGAUGUGCCUCCUAGCAAUGAGAAUCAACCUAAUGAUGUGCAAGCUAAUGAUGUGCAAGCUAAUGAUGUGCCACAACAUGAAGCUGUAAGUGAGAAUCAAGCUGAAGAUGUGCCUCCUAGCAAUGAAGCUGUAAGUGAGAAUCAAGCUAAUGAUGUGCAAGCUAAUGAUGUGCCUCAUAGCAAUGAAGAUGUGCCUCAUUCACAAAACACUGUUAGUUCAGCUGAGGCAAUGAAAAAGUAUUGUGGAAUUGAUCCUGAUGAAUUGGAGGCCUUGUUAGAUGAUGAGGAAAUACUUGAUAUUGCACCAUUGAGAAUUGAUACUAGUCCUGUCAAGAGUAAAAGAUCUGGUCCCAAGACCUUUAUUGGAAAAUGCCCCAAGGUUCCAAAACCUGUCAAACCAUCCAUUGCUCCAAAGGUGUCCAAAGCUGCCAACAAGCCAACUAUGUCAACUAUGAGUGACCCUGUGAAGGCAAUGAUAUCACCAAGGAAAAAGUCCAAUCUUGCUGCAUCUCCAAUUAGAAAGAGUGAUAGACUAAGGACUUUGAAGGCAAAAAAUAUACAAGGGCCUGGAAGGGAUCAAAAUGAUCCACUUGAAAUUCCUGAUGAAGACUCUACUGUGAGCAGUGCUAGUGGUAGAAAGCCAUGGGCUGACAUCCAAAAGAGCAUGACUCAGUGAUCCAAAAUUGUCCUACUGUUUUGUUAUUUACUUUGAAACAUUUGUGUGAUGUACUAUGAACCACUUUUGGAUGUAUCUCUUUUGUUUUGAACUGGAUCUAAGAUGUAUUAUGAAGAUGUAUUAUGAACCA